GUUUCAGUGCGCGUUUACUCAAGCUAAUCGCAUUCAUUUCUUGGAUUUGCUUCGUUACUUACGAUUUUUUCGCUAGUUUAAAUUUAUCUUUGGCAAAGAUUUGAAAAACUAAGAGAAUAAAAACGUUUCGUUGAAAGCUUGCUAAAAGUAUUCUGAAACCAAGAAAAAACUGCGAAAAAGAAGUGAAAAACACAGAACAAAGUGAACGGAAGAGUUUUCCAGCUAGUUAGUCCAGUUAGAGCAUAAUGGAUCUGCAAGGAAAUCGAGCAAUGAAGGUCCUGCUCCUGGCGCUGACGGUAACCACCGUGAGCGUUGUCCACUGCCAGCAAAGCGGAAAUCAAGUGCGAUUAUUUCAGCCGGUUGCAAAAGCUGCCGGGGUAUCCGUGGAUGACCGCGGUCCAGAGCCAUCGAACGAGGGGUCCCGAGCCGAUGCAGCGAGGACGCUGAGAAGCAGCUACAAUGCAGGUUCAUCCAACGAAAGAUUGUUUGACUUUGGAUUACUCGGAAGGCCAUAUUAUGGUAAUCGAGGCUACUAUCCCGGAGGUGGGUAUUACCCGCAGACAGGAGGGUACUACCCACAAACUGGUGGUGGAUAUUAUCCUCAGGGAGGCUACUACCCGCAAGGGGGUUACUAUCCCCAAGGUGGAUACUAUCCGCAAAACAACUACCCGGGAGGAUAUGGAACCAACACGCUCGGAGGAAACCCGUACGGUGGAUACGGUGGUUAUGGCGGUUUCGGAGGUAAUGGAGGCUUACAGUCGUAUCUCGGCUACAAUAGCGGCAAUUAUUUCGGUAGCCGGAAUCUAGGCUUUGGCUACUAUUCCGGUACCAAUCCGGCCGGGAUAUCGAGCUCAAGCCUGGCAACGGGCUACCGAGGUUACAACUGAAGUGCUUUGUGAUGCCCCGCUGCCGGUUGUGCGUGUGUGCGCUUUUGUGCUCGUUCCAAUGGACCUGUGUUUGUGAAAUCGUUACCGAGGUGAACGGAUGUACAUGUAUGCCUUAAUUGUGAUAAUUCUUAACGUUUAACUAACAAAAAUUACCAAAGUGCAGAAUAAGCUCAUCAGACUAA